AUGGUUUUCGAAGAUGAAAGCAGUGACGACACCUCUAGCCUGUCAUACAUGCACUCGACCUCAUCCACCGACGGGCUUAACCAUGUCUCUUUCAUCCUUGAAGAUCCUGAUUACCAGGGACUUGAGCUGGAUCUGAUGGUCUUCUAUGAGAAGCACGGCAAGGCAUCGGAGGGGCUUGUUGCCUUUGAAGGAACAGACACAGGCAGAAGGUUCUUAGCAUGUGCAGAGCCGGAAGGGCAGAAUUCUGGGUUUGUUGAAUGGGUUGAUCACCGGUGGCCCCCAACAAUGCAGAAUGCAUUGUUGAAGCUGUGGGCAAUGGUUGAAUAUAGCAAGAGUGCUAGGGUGAAUGAUAAUAUUGAAAGUGCUUUAACUAUUCACCAUCUAAUAGAAGAGAAGAACAAGCUGGAGGCCAACUAUGACAAAAGUGAACUGGUGGCCGAUGUGAAGGCGGAGAUGGCAAAGAAAGAUGCAGAGACCCAGAAGCUUAAUCAGAAGUAUGAACUCAUGGUUAACCUGACAAGGGCUCAAGCAACUGUCAUACAGAACUUGAAGUUGAAGAAUGUGAAAGAGAAGGAAUUGCUGAGUGAAGCUAGGAUGAAAUUGGGGUCUCAGAAUGCGGAGCUCACAAACUCUAAGGAGAAGCUCACCCAAGAGAAGCUAGAGUUGAAGCUUCAGGUUGCUGAUAUGCUUAAGGGAAAGGAAAAGCAUAGUGAAGAGAAGGGUCAGCUAGAGCUUCAGAUUACUGGUCUGGUUAAGGGAAAGGAAAAGCAUAGAGAAGAGAAGGGUCGGCUAGAGCUUCAGAUUGCUGAGCUCAUGAAGGGAGAGGAGAAGCUCAAGCAAAAGGUCAAGGGGAUCUAG